AUGUCAGCUUUCAAUGCGUCUCAUCAGACAUGCAACUAUUACAGCUUCAACCACCACCUCCUCCUGCCUGGCUACGUCCUGAUAUUCAUUACAGGUUUGAUGCUGAACGUGAUGGCCCUAUGGAUAUUCAUCCGCUACCUGCGCCUGAAGUCUGUAGUGAUGAUCUACAUGUUCAACCUGGCCGUGAGCGACCUCACCUUCACACUCCCUCUGCCGCUGCGACUCUACUAUUAUUCCAACCACCACUGGCCCUUUGGUAAUACCCUGUGCCAAGUCUCUGGCUCCGUCUUCCAGAUCAACAUGUACGGUAGCUGCCUCUUCCUCACGUGCAUCAACCUGGAUCGCUACGUUGCCAUUGUCCACCCACUUCGCUGGCGGCAUCUGCGGCGCCCCAAGGUGGCCAAGCUCCUUUGCCUGAUUGUCUGGGUUGUGAUCUUCAUGGGCUCCAUCCCCACUGCCAUAGUCCACAAGCAAAACCACUGUGAGGAACAGAACCAGACCAUUUAUCUGUGCUUUGAAAGCUUUAGUGACAACAUGUGGCAGUAUAACCUCUUCCCUCUAGUCAUCCUGGCUGAAAUCUUGGGGUUUCUCCUGCCUCUCAGCUCUGUGAUGUACUGCUCAAUUCGGAUCUUUCAGGAGCUCUGCCAGGACAGCCAGAUGAAGACCCUGCGACAGCAGAAGACCAUCCGUCUCCUCGUGGCCAAUCUGGUCAUCUUCAUCAUCUGCUUUGUGCCUUACAACACUACCCUGGCAGUUUAUGGGAUGAUAAAGGCCCAGGUGAUGAAGGUUGAGGAAGAAACACGGGACUCUGUGCGCAAAGUGUUAAUUACGACAAUGCUGUUGGCCAGCAUGAACUGCACGCUGGACCCCCUGAUCUACUACUUUAGUACUGAGGGUUUCCAUAACACCUUUAAGAAACUGCGGCGGGGACAAGCCUGGGACUCAGAUACAGGGACGCUUAAGAAUCAGGUUGUGGGGAAUAAGUCAACCCGAGACCAUACUGUCUCAAAAGUAAAACCGUUCCCAGCUGAAAACUUGAUCCGUCCCCGUGAAUCUUUGCCAUCACUUCCUACUGCAGUAUUUUUGAAUGGCCCUAUUGAGGACUCGGAAAUAUAA